AGCCCUAGUAGGCGCUAUGAGCGGUUUUACCAGUCACAUCCUGGCUACGACAUCUAUGCUCUCCCGCCUGCUGAAGCCUACGCCAGCUUCGAGGAGAGCGUAUUCCUUCUUCUCUUCCAAGCCCGGGGGCGGGCGCUACUUCAACUCGGCCAAGCCGCCCAAGGUCGUCGCGUCGACAAAUGGGACGAAUAACGGGAAGACCAAGGUAGACGCGGCGGGCGGUGUAGGGGCAUCUGGAACGGCUGGGGAGUCGUCGAAGGAGGCAGAUGUGCCUGCAGCGGAGACGAUACCCGCUAUCAACCAUACCCCAUUGCCUGUGCACCCGCCGGUGAAUCCGCAUGACGUGAAGCUUCACCAGUUUUUCUCCCUCCAUCGGCCGCUGCUGCUCCUCUCUCAGCCUGCGCAGGCUGCGUUCGAGUCAUCACCAUCACUACAGCUGUCAUCUCCUGCGUCAGAGCCCGAACAAGCUGGGUCGGAUUCGUCAGCGGAACCACCAGAGGCAUCGCCCGAAGCAGAUGCCGAUGCUGCAAGGCAACUUUCACGAGCGUUGGUGAUGAAUCGGGUGGGAGGGACAAUAUCAUGGCAGGGCGCGCUGAAGCGAUUAGGACUCGAUCUUCCCGAGGGUGAAGGGAGAGCGGAUGAGAUGAAUCUAUCGGGAUAUAACAUCCAGGCUGACAGCACGAAGAGGAAGCGGCGAAAGAAGAUGAAGAAGCACAAGCUAAAGAAGCGGAGACGGUUACAACGCGCGACACGCAUCAAGAUCGGCAAGUAGAUGCUCUGCACAUCUGGGACUUCCGUCGUACCCUUAUCUUUUCAUGUCUGAUACACUAAGAUUACCUCCUCACAAUAAAUUUCAUCUAUCCCUUGAACUUCCAUACCCGGACGCCCCCCCUCCUUCGCGAGUCCCCCUCCCAUCCUGUGUUACGUGCCCACACUUCCCUGUACCCUCUAUCCAAUAGCAAUGUUCGAACCUCGCUCUCCUCUGAUAGUGCGCCGAACAUUACCAAAUACUUCGGCCACUCGUGCCUCCAGCUCUUAUCGUCCAGGCGAGUAACCCCAGGAAUCGAGCUGGGAAAGGGAGAUGGGGGAAAGGUUGGAUCGACUCUAUACGGGAACCGUUCCUUGAGGUAACCUGUAGGGGACUGAUAGAAGAUAUCCGUUUGAUCUCGGUAGCUGGAAGUGACGUCCUUGCUAAACAUCCCUGUUAGUAAACAUCGUC